AGCCUAGAUGGGUUAUUUGGCAACCAUGAAUGACUGCUUUGGUACAGAACAGACUGUGUGUGUGUUGUAUGCUGUUCCCUAGCAUAUGAUAUUGGUAUACCGGAGGCGUGUGCGCUGUAACAAAUGUUGGGUGUGGCAUUAUUACAAAGUAUAAUUGCUGGAGUUGAGUAGAAUUAUUCAAGCCACAGCAUUCCCAACGUGUGCCAUUUUCCACCACUGCCAGGAGACUGAGAGUUGGCACCUUCAUCACGACAUCACUCGUAGCGUCAAGAGGUGUAGCAUUCUGGUCAAGCAACCAGUCAGAUUCCACGGAUUCCACGAAAAUGGCCGAAAAGGACCCCCAGACUCAGACCAAGACAGAUGCCGAGGUCAUUGAGGAGGCAGACCGUCUGUAUGAGGCUUGCAAGCCGCUGGAGCUCUACGAAUUCCUGUUGCAGCACAAGGAUUCCAACAAUGAGGAGGUGCUGUGGCGGUUGUGCCGAGCCAUCCGGGACGUGGCCCAGAUGAAUAGCACCUUGGCUGCCCGGAAGAAGGAGCUGACCUACGAGGCGCUGGAGCACGCCAAACGGUGCCUAGAGAUCAAUGAGCAGAACUACGCCUCACACAAGUGGUUUGCCAUAUGCAUCAGUGAAGUUGGAGACUUUGAAGGAACUAAAAAGAAGAUAUCCAAUGCAUACGUUAUCAGGGAUCAUUUCCAGAAAGCCAUUGAUCUGAAUCCAAUGGAUGCGACUAGCAGGCAUCUCAUGGGCCUUUGGUGUUUCACAUUUGCUGAGAUGCCCUGGUACCAGCGCAAGAUAGCAGCUGUCAUAUUUGGCUCCCCGCCAACUUCAACCUAUGAAGAAGCCCUUGAACAUUUCAAGAAAGGGGAAGAAAUCAGUCCUGGUUUCUACAGUAAGAAUCUUCUGAUGCUGGGCAGGACAUACCUGAAGGUGAACGACAAGGAACAGGCCAGAGUCUACCUGAACAAGUUACUAGAGUAUGACUGCAAGAAAGAUGAAGACAAACGGGCAUUGGGAGAAGCAAAGCAACACCUCAAAGGUCUCUGAGAUCAGCAUCGCACACCCAAGAACUGAAAUCUCCACUGAUCAGAUUUCCCAGUUUGUUGGUGUUGUUUUUCUGUCUUUUUGGGGGGGGACCUAACUUUGGCUCUAUUUCAUUGAGUCACUGAGUAAGAGCAUGUUACUGCGCAGAGUUUUUUACUAAAUAAACAUCAGCUGAUAACCAUUCCUAAGAAAUAUACAUUGUUUGUCACUGGGGCCAACGACCUACUCUUGUUAAGCAAAUGCAUUUGUUGGGCACGAUUAGGCGAUCUGUGUGAUCACUUGAUCUGUACACUCAGUCGAUCUGUUUGUGCAAUUUGUUGAUAAUUCUACUGCCAGUCAAUUGCCUUUUCUAAUUCACAGUUGUGAUAGAUCAUUUCAAAAAAGGGAAGUGAAAUUUGAGAUAGACUUAAGGAUCGCUCAAUCACAGCAAGACCAGGGAUGGUGCAUAUCAACCUAUGGUUUACCAGUGUUUAAGUCUUUGAAAUUUUUAAGAUUCUCCAGCAUUAUGGGAUUGUUUUGGUGUACACUCAAAAUAUCCCACUGGUCCUGGAUAGGAGACAUAGAUGGUACUGACAACUUGAUAGUAGUGGCUGAGUUCAGGCGGCUUGUUCUCGUAUGUUAACAAACAGCUCAAUCUGCUGUUCAUGGGUUGGCCGCUCGAACGCCGGGAACAUACAACCGGUUAUCGGUACUAGUUAUUUGUAGCAUGCAAGCAACAUGGCGGCGUCCUUGUGCAUUCUUCGAGAGUUAAUGUUUGGAUAAUUGGGCUAACUUCUUUU